AUGCGAUUCGUCAACAUUCUCAGCACACUGUGCUGGACUACUCUAGCAUCUGCGGCAUUUGACCUGAAUCGAGGAGGUGCUGUCCUCAAGGCUCCUGACGGCGACCCCUUCGCCAGCGUGACUGGAACCUUCACCGUUCCCAAUCUUUCCGGAAACAACAGGCUUUCCAUCUGGGUGGGUAUAGGCGACACCCUUCAGCAAGACUAUGUCAUGAGUGGCGGGAUCGUGUACAACAGCACAUUGAAAAGUUUCUCAGCAUACUUCCCAGGGCCAUCAACAGAUACAACGUCUUCCGUGCCUGUUGCAAAUGGUAACUCCAUCACCGUUACCAUCAAGGCGGCCGACGCGGGAGGGACCGUGACUGUAGAAAAUAAGACGCAAAACAAGCGGACCACUCAGACACUGUCUGGGCCCUCUGGUGUUGAUCCUUCGAAGUUGACCGCACUUGUUGCCGAUUUCUUCGUACAGGCAUAUCAAGUGACGCCAGGUCAGCUUGUUCAGACGCCCAACUUUGGCACGGUGUCUUUUACGGCGAUCACUGCGACAACGAAGAGCGGAAAGAAUGUGCCAAUCUCCGGCGCUGGACGAUACGAGAUACAAGGGACUAGUGGACAGAUGUAUUCAAAGACUACCAUUUCCAGCACCGGUGUAUCUGUACAGAGACAAACUUAG